UGCCUACUAAUUCAGAGAAACAUAUACUCCAAACAAUGGGAGCUGGACAUAAAAAUUUUAGGUGCACUUUGUACACUGAAUUCAUUGCACAACACAUGGAUGAGCCCGAGAAGUUAAGCUUACCUCCAAAAGAAUAUAAGCACAUUGGUACUGAUGAAUGGAGAAUAUUUGUGAAGAGGUGCUUUACAGAAGAAUUCCAGGAAAAAAGCAAAAAAGCAUGUGAAAAUCGAAAGAAGAAUAUAUAUAAUCACCGAUUAGGUUCAACAGGUUAUGGAGGGUUACUUUUAAAGAAGAAAGAACAACUUGGAAGUACUGUCAACGACAUUGAUCGAGCGGAUACAUGGCUCUUGGGAAGAGAAAGAAAAGAUGGUGGAUAUGAUCCUGAGGUUUUGGAAGUUGCAGAAGAAAUAAAGGAGCUCAAAAAUAAGGUGAAGGAAGGGUCAUUUGUGCCUCGUGGAGACGAUGAUGUGCUCUCAGUUGCUCUUCAGAAAAAACCAAAUGGCAGUAGAGUACAGGGGUUGGGGCACUUCAUUACCCCAACACGAUACUUUUACACGCCAAAGGCAACCAAAACCGAGAAGGACAAAGCACAAGACGUAUGUGAUAGAAGGUAUGAAAUGAUGUUGCAGAAGUUUAGUGAAAUGAAAGAUCAUGUGUCCAAUGCUUUUAGUGAAAUUGGUAGUUGCAGCAAUGCCAAUAAAUCUCAGAAAAGAAAGGCUGGUGAUGACGUUGAGCAGUCGAUACUUAGUCCUUUGAAGGAACGCUGCAGUGCUCCUAGAAAAUCUCCCAGGUUGAAGUUGAAACAUGCUGAAAUGGAGGGUAAUAAUGAACAACCCGAGGGUGAGAGUCAUGGAAUGCAGAAGACUGUUGGAGAGGUGGAGAAACCAGUAUUUACUCAUCGGAAGAAGCUAUUUGGAAGCGUUCCCAGAAAUUCCCCUCAGCACAUAAACACGGAUACUUUAGGACAAGCCAAUGCUCACUCCCAUGAUAUGGAUAUGAAUGAAGAGGAAGAUCAGUCAAUAGCAAAUAUGGAGAAUGACCGAGUGGAGGGAAAACAAAAACAGGGGUGCGAGGUGGUAUUUGUGAAAGAGAUAAGGACUGGAAUGAAAGCUAAGUCCCAGCUAAAUGUGCAAAGAAUGACCAGGUCCGUUGCUGAAAAAAGAAAGGAACAAAGCGCUAACAUGAUGAUGUUUUGCAUUUUAGUGGAUAAUUGUUUAGGAGAGAUGAACAGCAUCAAGCAAGAUGCUGAAAAUUUUGGAUUCCAAACAAAAACUAUGUUUAACAAGGAGGUUUGCCGCUCUGUUAUCAACUUUCAGCAGGUUUCAAAUUCAGUUGUUGAAAUUUGGGCGAGGUACUUGCAUGAGAAAAUGGAGGCUGAUGGAGGGGACAUGCCAGU